GAAAAUUCAUUAUCAAGUUUUUUUUAUAUUCUAUAUUUUUGUUGCUCACAAAAAGAAAAAAAAAUGUCAAAAAGGAAGCAAAAAGAAAAAAACACGAAAAUCAAUGAUGAGCUCUCAAUAAAAGAAAUAGAUGACAAGGAUGAUUUGAGUGAUAGUGAUGAAAGUGUUUACUCAGGACUUGAAGAAGAACAGGAUUCUGAAUCAGAAGAAGAAGAAAUACAGUCCAGUGACGAUGAAAAUGGUGAAGAAGAACACAUAACAAAAGGUGAAGUCUCAGAUAAUAAUGAGUUUAAAAAUGACCAGGACAAUAAAAGUGGUGAUGAAGAAAGCAGUAGUGAUACCAAUGACGAUGAAGAUGAUGAACUAAGUGUAAAUUUGUUAAAAAAUACAAACAAUGAUCUCGUUAACACAAGUAUAAGAGAUAAAGAUCAAGUGAUCAAAUCAAAAGCACUUUUUGAAGAUGUUGAUACUUCAGAUGAAGAGGACAUUCGUAACACUGUGGGAAAUAUACCUAUGAAGUGGUAUGAUGAAUAUGAUCAUAUUGGUUACAAUUUAUCUGGUUCAAAGAUUAUGAAAAAAAUACAAGGAGAUCAGCUUGAUGAAUUUUUGGCUAAAAUGGAUGAUCCAGAUUAUGGGAGAACUGUAUAUGAUAAACUUAACAUGGAAGACAUUAAACUUUCUGACGAAGAAAUUGCUAUCAUUCAACGAGUGCAAGGUGGUCAAUUUCCUGAGAAGGAUUUUGAUCAGUACGAGCCAUAUGUUGAUUAUUUUACUGGUGACAAAAUGGUUCACCCAAUUAAAGAUAAUCCAGCAUCAAAGAGUAGUUUCAUCCCUUCAAAGUGGGAACAUAAGAGAGUUAUAAAAAUUGUUCGUGCAAUAAGAAAUGGCUGGAUCAAACCAAAACAAAGUUCUGAUGGUAAACCAAAGUAUUAUUUACUGUGGGGAAAAGACGAUGUUUCAAAUAGCCAUCCCAUGCAUUGGCCUGCACCAAAACUAAAAUUACCUGGUCACGAGGAAUCUUAUAAUCCACCACCUGAGUAUCUGCCAACAGAUGAAGAAAGAUCAGCUUGGGAAGCGUUGGAUGCGGAAGAUAGACCUCAAAAUUUCCUUUCUAAAAAAUAUGAUGCCUUAAGAAAAGUGCCUGGAUAUUCAAAUUUUAUUCAAGAAAAGUUUGAAAGAUGUCUAGAUUUGUAUUUGUGUCCACGACAAAGAAAAAUUAGGCUACAAGUAGAUCCAGAAGAUUUGAUACCAAAGCUUCCACGCCCUAAAGAUUUGCAACCAUUCCCAACAACAGAAUCUCUUAUUUACAAAGGACACGAAGAGGAUGUUAGAUGCAUUUCUGUUGACUCUUCUGGACAAUGGCUCGCUUCAGGAAGUUCUGAUAACACAAUUCGUUUCUGGGAAGUAUCAACUGGUCGUUGCAUGAAAACAAUAAAAGUUGAUGGUACAGUCAACAGUCUACAGUGGAAUCCGUUGGAAACAGCUCCAAUUGUUGCAGCCGCUGUAGACAAUAUAGUCUUAAUCAUAAAUCCUAGUCUUGGUGAUAAGCUGCUUUGUAAAAAUAUUGAUAAUCAAGUUAAUUCAUUUGAACAAGAUGAGCAAGGAAAUGACAACAAUUUAGUAAAAUGGCAUACAGCCUCAAAAGAAGAAUAUAAAAAUUGUAUCAGAUUAAAGAUUGAACAUCAAAAGGCAAUCAAACAAGUUACUUGGCAUUUAAAAGGAGAUUAUUUUGCAACUUUAUUGCCUGCAGCGGAAAGUAAAGCAGUACUCAUCCAUCAAUUUUCUAAACGAAAAAGUCAGUGUCCAUUUAAAAAAUCGAAAGGUCAAAUACAGUGUGUCAAGUUUCAUCCUAAAAGACCUUUCUUUUUUGUUGCAACGCAACGGUACGUGAGAGUGUAUAACCUACAAAAACAAGAACUAACGAAAAAACUCAUGUCUGGCGUGAAAUGGAUUUCAAGUAUGGAUGUCCAUCCGCAGGGUGACAAUAUUAUAAUUGGUAGCUACGAUAAACGUUUGUGUUGGUUUGAUAUGGAUUUAUCUUCCAAACCCUACAAAACGCUCAGACAUCAUAAAAAAGCUUUACGUCAAGUUGCAUAUCAUCGUUGUUAUCCACUAUUCGCGUCAGCUAGUGAUGACGGAAAUGUCAUUGUUUGUCAUGGUACUGUGUACAGUGACCUGAUGCAAAAUCCACUUAUUGUUCCGUUAAAAAUAUUACGCGGUCACAAGAUUACGAAAGAACUUGGUGCGAUUGACUGUGUGUUUCAUCCACAUCAACCAUGGAUAUUCACUGCUGGUGCAGACAAAACAAUACGUUUAUUUACCUGAAUGUGUAUCAAAUAGCACUGAAAAUAUAUUUUAAUGAAACAAGGUUGUAUUUCGUAAAUGUGUUACUAA